GUUAUAAUAAAAAAAAAAAAAACUGUUUAAAUUUAAUUAUUUUAAUAAAUUUGUAGGUACAUAAAAAAAUAUAUAUUCAGAGUUUCUAUAAUUAUUCAAGCUAUGAAUAAUUGUAAUGAAACAGAAUGUUCACAUAAUUGUACUUACUUGACGGAUGGUUGUACCAUAUUAAAUAAAAAGUUGAAUUUGAAAACAGAAAACCAAAAUGAUAAAAAUGAUGAACUAGUCUUAAGAAAUGGAAACCAUUUUACUGAUGUAAUUCAAAUGCAAACUGACUGCAAAAAAAAUCAAAAACAUAAUCAAAAGAAAUUUGAAUGUUGUUUUGAAAAAUUAAACAAAGAACGAGAAAUGUCUGAUAAUAAAGAUUCAGAGUUAUUUAGAAUAAAAAGAGAUUUAUCUAUUUUAUCAGAAAAAUUAAAUGAAAUCAGUAAUCAUAAUAAUUUUUUGAAUUGUAAUUUAGAAAAAGUUUCAAAAGAUCUGUUGUCUAAAACAAUGGAAUAUAAUGAAUUGUUGAAAAAAACAGAAGAGUUAAAAGAAGAAUUGAAUAACGUGAAAUACUGUUUAAACUUGAGAAUUGACGAAAAUCAAUGUAUUAAAAAGGACAUAAAUGAAAAAAAUCAAAUUAUGGAAGCUGGAAUAUUAAUUAAACAAGAGCUAGAAUUUAAAAUUUGUAAUUUGAAAAAAAAGUUAAAAGAAUCAGAGAAAUUAAAUAAUAAAGGUGAUAAUAAAUGCAAUGAUUUAAUUAUACUAAAUUUGAAACUUGAAAAUGAUUUACAAAAAGAAAAAAAUGAUAGUUGUAAGAAAACUAUUUAUAUCGAUGAUUUAAGCAAAAAAAUACAUAAUUUGGAAACCAUAAUAAAAGGUAUUGAGGGUCAAAAAUUAUUGUAUACAGAGGAAAUUUCCAAACUUAAGAAUGAUAAAUGUGAAGCAGAACUAAAAGUUAAUGAAUUGAACAGUAUAGUUAAAACACAAAAAAAUAAACUAGCUAUUAUCGAAUCUGAACUAGAGUGUACUAAAGAAUCUCUAAAAAAUAAAAACGACUGCCAGAUUCAAAAAAUUCAACAAUUAGAACAUAACAUUGAAAAUUUUAAAAAAGAAGUGAAAUAUUAUAAAGAUCAACAUGAUAUUUUAACAAAUCAAUGUAUAACAAGCAAUAAAGAUCUAUCAGAAUCACAAAAGAUAAUUAACAUGUUAGAAACUAAAAUUAAUGAAAUUGUGAGAGAGCAAAAAGUGACACUUGAUGAAUUAACUCAGGAAUGUGAUAAACUGAAAAAUGAAAACUGUAAGUUCGUGGAAAAAAUCAAUGUGCUAAAUGAAACAAUAAUAUGUGUUAAUAAUGAAGAAAAUCAAGUGCGAAAAGAUUUAGCUGUAUGCAACGAGAAAUUAUUGAUUGCUAACGAUGAAAUAAGUCAUUUUGAUUUAGAGAUAAAAUGUAUGAACAUGAAAUUGAAAAUAACGACUGACAAACUAACAUAUACUGAACGAGAACUAGAAGAGAUGAAGUGUAAACUAAAUAAUGAGACGAUUCUUAAAGAUAAAAUAAAUGAAAAAUAUUGUAGUUUAAAGUAUGAUUAUUCAUGUCCCCAAGAAAAGUGUCAGACUGCCGAUAAUAACAGAUUUAGUAAUGAAAAUUUGAUGUCAUGUCAGAUUGCGAGCAAUAUUAACAAUGGCGAACAGACAAUAAAUUUGAAACUAGUUGACGUUGGUUCACAGACACAUAUGUGUCCGGUCAUAUGUCAGCCUUUAACAUCAACAUGUCAGUCUAUUCCUACUUAUUGCAAUUUGUGUAAAUCCAAACAGUGUGACAACUGUAACAGUUGUAUUAGUUCAUAUGAUUCUGAUAAAAUGAGCAAUAACCCAUGCCAAAUGGAUUACAAGAAAACAUCUACUGUUAACGCUUCUGAUAACUGUUCUUGUUCUAGUAAAUCAAAAAUAUCAACAAAAUGUUUCGGUCUUUUAUUUGAUAAAGAAAAUCUUCAAUGUCAACUGAAUGAAAUGAAACAACAGUUUGAAAAAAAAGAAAAAACAGCAAAGAAAGAAUCAUGUGACACGGAACAAAUUUAUAAUGAUAAGGAUGUGACAAUAAAUAAAUGUUUAGAUGCCACUAAGAAACAAUACCAACAACAGUUGGAUGAAGCUAACGCUAAAUUAGAAAAUUAUGAAACAGCAAUUUUGUAUAAAGAAUAUGAAUUGAAAAGCUUUCAAAUACGAGAACACCAAUUUAAAAUGGAAAUGGAGAAACUUAAUGAAAUGUUACAAUUUAAGGAUAAAAAAAUUGAAUCUGAACAAAAACAAGUAGUUCUUGCACGUAAUAGUGUGAAAGAUAAUGAAGAACAAUUAGUGAGUCUUCAGAAACCACCGGAAUUGGAAAAAUUAAACAAAGAUCCUUCUAAUGAAAAUCUUCCAUUGCUCAAUGAUGACAAUAAUAUCCCACAAGAAACAUUUUCUGAUUUAGACAAUAAAUUAGAAACUACUCAAACAUUAAUGAAAAAAAAACAAUCUUCAGCUAAGCAUAAUAAAAAUGGUUGUGCAUUGAAAAAGUCUAAAACGGAAAGGGAAACGAAAAAAAAUAAAUAUGGUCCCAAAUUGAAUAUACCUUGUUGUAUAGGAUCAAAAAACCCUUGUAACAGACAAAAAAUGUUUGACCAAUCACUGAAAAAAUAUUUAAAAGCUGGUUGCGGAGUGUUGAGAUACAAUUCAGAAACGUCCUAGGGAAGUGGAGUUGAAGAAUAUCAUGAUAAUGAAAACGGAGUUGUCAUAAAAAGUCAAUAGUUAUUGAAAUUAAUAAGCGUUAAUUACAAUAUAAGUCUAACAAACGGGCAACAGUCACAAACGCAAUAAGUCAUAAAAAGAUGAAAUUACUUUAGUACAGUGUUGUGAUAAACAAGUCAAAUAUUAUAUUUUAGAUGAUAUAAUCAAAAUUACUGUAAGUCAGGAUAAUGCAAGAACCUGUGUUUCAUAUAAAUGAUAAAACCAUAACACUAUUGGUAACACUUAAAUACAAAAUUGAAUGUUUUUUUUGUAUAA